CUGGCAACAUUGGGAGGAGGAGCUUUGAAUCAUUCUGUUUGGGAGUGGUGAUGUGGAAGAGACUUUCAGCUCUGCUGAAGAAUGACUGGUUCCAGGAUACUGAAUGUUGUCUCUCAGGAGGGUUCCAUGGACAGCUUAUAUGAACCAAUCCCAGAAUAUCAAGAUGACAAAGAAGCUAUCAGCAGGAGGGAAUUCCCUGAUCUUAAGAAUACACAAACCAAAAUGAGAAAAUCUAUCCAGAAAUCCAUGUCUGAAAAUGAAGUAUUUGACAGGAAAAAUGGCGACGACACUUCUUGGAAGAUUUCCAGGAAGUCAGAGGGUGAUCAGUCCAUCACAAGGCCCUGUCAAUUUGAAGAUCUCAGUGGAAGUGGUUUCCUUGAAGGCAACAACAAAAAUAUCCUGCAAGGAGGAAAAAGAGAAGAUGCUCCAUGUCAGGCCACAGAAUCAGAUGGUAUCCGAGCAGAAUCAAUGGGUACAUUAAAACGUCUGCAGAAAUUGGUUCGAAACAAGAAGGCAAAUGCUCAGAGCUUUGAUGAAGUCAAAUACACUUUGCAGCCUCUCAGUCCAGCAGAAGACACUUAUCUCUCUGAAGAGGAAGAAGUGCCGACUUCCUGCAUGAAACUCACCAAGUCUCAAGAAAAGAAAGUUGGGAAAGAUAAUGCAAGGAGGAAGGAAGAGCCUGAGAGUAGACUGGAUUUCAUUUCCAUGACGCUGGGGAGAUCCCACCCUUCUGGAGCAAGCCACUCGGAAGGCAUCUUAACUCAUUCCAAAACUGAGUUUCAGGGAUGGAAUGACUGGGAGUCUUUCCCAGGUUAUUCGUCUUGGACAGAUGAUUUCUGGAUCCCUCUGAGUGCAGAGUGGGAAAACUGUGCCUACUGUACUCGCCAACCCCAAUUCGCCGGCUCUCCCACUGAUAUAGAUCUUCCAUAUUCCUGGCGCAGCAGCAGUUUUGGGAAUUUUGACCGGUUUAGGAAUCACUCAGUCUCCAAACCAGAUGAUUCACCUGAGAUAUGUGAAGUGGAAGUAAUAAAUGAAGGAGAACAGCAAGGCCAACAUAAAGGAGUUCAGAAUGGAGGAAGUUUGGGUAAAAAGAUGAGGGCUAUUUCCUGGACCAUGAAGAAAAGAAUGGGUAAGAAGUACAUCAAGGCCCUCUCUGAGGAAAAGAAUGAAGAGGAGGGAGAGGACACUUAUUCCUAUAGAAUCAGUGACCCAGGGGUCGGAUUGCAUACCGAGGUCUCUCUCAAAGCCAGCGACUCUCUGGAUAGCCUCUAUAGUGGUCAAAGCUCAUCCAGUGGUGUGACGAGCUGUUCUGAUGGCACCAGUAACAGAGACAGCCUUCGACUUGACGACGAGGUCCCCUUCACAGGACCAUUUUGUGGCCGAGCCAGAGUCCACACAGACUUCACCCCCAGCCCCUAUGAUACCGACUCCCUCAAAAUCAAGAAAGGAGACAUUAUCGACAUUAUCUCCAAAACCCCAAUGGGAAUGUGGACGGGGAUGUUGAACAACAAGGUGGGAAACUUCAAAUUCAUUUAUGUGGAUAUCAUUUUGGAGGAAGAAGCCACCCCCAGGAAGAUCAGACCUCACCGAAGAAGUAAGAGGGCCAAGCCCAAAACACUGCAGGAGUUCUUGGAGCGCAUCCAUCUUCAGGAAUACGCCUCAACACUCUUGCUGAAUGGCUAUGAGAGCCUAGAGGAUUUGAAAUAUAUAACAGAGAGUCAUCUGGUUGAAUUAAAUAUUGUAAACCCAGAAGACAGGAUGAGGUUGCUAUCAGCGGCUGAAAAUCUACUUGAUGAUGAAAAUGGACAAGAACAAGAAAAUGAACCAGCGCCUCUCUCUCUAAGCCCAGACAGGCCUUUUAAUAAGUCACAGUUAAAUGAUUGCCCGAGAGACUCGGGAUGCUACAUCUCCUCAGAAAACUCAGAUAACGGCAAAGAAGAUGUGGAGUCAGAAAAUCUGUCUGACAUGGUACAGAAGAUUAGUAUCACUGAGACAAGUGAUUGAGUCUGUGUUUUCAACUGUGAAUUUCUACAACGUCCCAGAUGAGACUAUUAAAUACGCAGCGUUAAUUUGUGAAGGUAGAAACACAGUAAUGGACUGGAACGUAUUUUUGAUGUUUAAUAAUUCUCAAUGGCACACUUAAACUCUGUUAACUAUCUGGGUGUUUCACUAUCCUGAAUGAAAAGAUGACUAUACUUUCCCUUGCCAAAUGCUCCUCAGUUACAAGCUUGAAGUCCACAAGAGGGGAGCACAUAUACACUUAUAAAGUCUUGGCUCAAGUGAGAGUUUCUGCCCUAGAUUUUAUGAUGAUAGUAGUUAGUAAUGACUGUGUUAUAGCCCAAACACCCCCAAAUGUUGUAAAUAGUGUAGAUAUUUAUUUGAAAUAUUAUUAUUAUCAUUUAUCAUUCAAAUACUUUGUUCCUUGUCACUUGUGAAAAAUCCCCUCCUUUUGUACAGUCCUACAUCUUGAGAUUUUAAUAUUCUAUCAUGAAGAAAAAGCUACCAGCAUAAUUACCAGUUGUGAAUGUAUGGAUUUUUAUCAUAAGAGUAUGUAGAUAAUGAGUAGUUUUAAAACCAUUUUCAGUCACUGACUUCUGAACUCUUUUUAACAUUUCAAACAUUAAAAAUGAGGUGAUAGAAUCAGGUUGCGAUGAUCCGUGGCCAGGUCUGGAUGAUUUAACUCUCUUCCCUCCUGGGUCAUCUAGUGUGGAAAUGUACCUGUGCUCGAAAAUCAAUAAUUAAUAAAAUGUUUUGCAAGCAGAGCACUAGCAAAACAUAUUAGUAUAUUUUUGUCAUGUCUUUUACCUCCAAAUAUACAAUUUAUGUGGAUGUAUACUUUAUUUUUAUCUCAAAAUAAGUUGACUCUGACAAUAAACAGGACUGUGUGAACA